AUGGUAGUUGCGCUUACCGAUUCCGCCGCAUAAGCCAAGCCUGCCAAGCGGAGUCGACUUUAGUUCAAGUUUGAAAGUUGCAGCGUUUAGUGGUGCCCUUCCCCGAGUGCGUAGAAAGCCUCUUAGUUUGUUGUAUUCCCCUGUCCUCUCUGUGUGUGGAGAAAGCUUCAGGUUUUUUUUUAAGAAUAAAAAGAAUCUAAGUUGAAAGUGUGAUUGAUUGGCGCCGCCUGACCCGUUUGUUCGUUUGUUGUGAUUAAAGAUACAUUGUUGACGGGUUUGUUUUCUGUUGUUGUGCCGUUCUUUCUGGCCGGACGAGAAAACGGGUAGAAACUGAAAACUCAAGUCUUCCGGUUCGGAAAAUAGGAGAAUCUUAGAGGAGAGUGCGGAGUGUGUAAUUAAUGCCGCUGGCUGAUAGUUCAUUAAACUUUCAUUCGGUUUCCCUCCCGUGUGCAUCUGUUGUUCUAUUGUUUCGUCCGUCAGGUUCGAACGCAGUGGAGGAAUCAUUAUUAUACAGAAAUUGGAAUCCGAUGGUGAUCUGAGCCGAAACAAGACGAAAGAGCAAUCGGAAGUUUAGAAGAACCGGUUGAAAAAGCCGCGAGCUUGCUCUGAUAACCAAUCUGAGAUUGUGCUAGUGCGAGAAGCUGUGGUGCGUGAAACUGGAACAUAUGCGGGUCCAACCGAAACAGAUUGUACGGUACGGCUGGCGGAAGCAACAAGUGUAUAUUUCGUGCGUGAGUGGAAUUAACCAGUAGAGGUCGAAGAGAGUUUGCCCGUCCUAAUCAACAAGUGGCUGGCCUCUCGAUCGCGAGAUAUUUUGGAAACUUAACAGCGCUUGACAGCAGCAGCUUGGUGUCGUUGUCGUCUCCACUGGUGAAUAUAGCAGUAUUAUAAAAACGUGUUUUAGCAGAUCAAAUAGAAGAGAGAAAAAAACCUAUCGCAUUGAUUCACCAGAUAAACGUAAUAGCGACUACUUGUUGAGGCCUUUUACCAAAUGUGUACCGAACACGGUUGAGAAAGCAGACCAUACCUAAUAACCGCUGUGAAGGUGAUUCAGUUUGAAAUAGUAUAGUAAUAAAUAAGAAAAAAAAUACAAAGGAAGCAGAAUAAUUGAAGCUAAUUAGUAGUGGUUUAGUUUCGUUUUCCACACUCUCUGGUUUGAAAGUAAGUUUUCGGUUUCGGGCUUCCUACCGAAAAGCAGAAAUCGAUCCGACGGUGACUCCGACGGGAGCAAAACAGCAAAUCCAAGUGUUGUGUGAGUUAGCUAGCGGCGGCCGCUCCACGCCAAGACCGGAGUACCGGAGAAAAGUGUGUUUCUUCGUCAAAGAAGAGAGUACCGGAACCGGGGGAAAAUUGUCCAAUUACGGAUCGAAAAAUUUUUCGGUGCAGCACCCAUCGCCCACCCGCCCCAACUUGGUUGGUGCGUUCAGUGAUUUUUUUUGUUGUGUUUUUCGCCUUUCGAGUGUACAACCGGAGUGACGUGCCCCUAGGCGGCCGCCUCGAAACAGCCUGCAAGCUGGAUUACUUAAACAUGGAUUUCGACGACGGGGAUCUGAAGGAGCUCUGGGACACAGAUCUUGAUGCGACGAUGCAAGACACACUGAAAAUGUCCAGCUACGUGGACAUGCAGGACUGGAUGGAUCGCGACUCGAAACUCCCGCCGGUGAUCCUGAACGAUAAGCUGAUGACCGAUGCCAUCAUCGGCACCGGAAUGCCAAUCAAGACAGAGCACUCGUACAGUCUCAACUCGGACGGUGAUUCGAUAUCGGACACACUGCCCGACUCACCGCACAGUGGACAGAACAAAAUGGACGAUAUGGAGGAGGAAUGCUAUCCGGCAAUCAGCAUGAAUGCUGCAGCAAAUGGGCAGAGCAAACACCAGCUUAUUCACAGGCACCAGCCGUAUCUUGCGAUUCCGAUGUCUGCCGCCGGAGGCGGUUCAACCCUUGUUUCCUUUGGGUCCCUAAAAAAUGGUACUGGCGGCGGGGGAGGAGGUGGUGGAGGUGCUCACAGUAUGGUCAGCAACCUCAGCCUUCUGAACGCCCUUCAGCAACAGGCCAGCGUCAGCCAAUCACAACAAGCGCAGCUUGUGCUUGGUCAGGCGAUUAGCCUGAACAACAAUCACCUCACGCUGAACAACAACCUCAUUAAAAACUCGGCCAGCUUGCUGCUUCCUCCUCCGUACCCCAGCAGCAAACGGAGCUGCUCUAAUGAUUCGUCUUCCUCCAGCUCGGGCAGCGACGUUGAGAUCGAUGAGCUGACGGUAAAGGAAGAACCAAUGUCGCCCAGUUCCAGCUGUCCACCGUCGCCGGUAUGCGCCGGUGCCGGUGGCACCGUUCUCAACAGUUACGCCAUUUCGACGGUGAACCUUGCCAGUAUGGCCGCCUACACACAGUCCGACCUCGUGCUGGAACACAAGAAUGGCACUCUCCAGCUCACACCCGCCUCGCAAAGUCUGCUUAAAAACCAGCAGAUAGUCAUCAAUGGGAACACAAUCUGCCCGAUAAGCAGUAAUGCCGCCUCCCAAUCAACUUCCCAGCCGAAGAUUGUGAUGUCCAAGCUGAACAUCAAAAUGGAACCGCAGUCGUCUACCUCUUUCGGGCUACCUCCAACGCCUCCUUCCUCGCUGCCGAGCGACGAAUCGGAAGGCAACCAGAGUCCGGAGCAUCACACGUCACCCAUGUCGCCGCCUGCUGUGAUCUCUGCCGUGUCACCCAGCAACAGUUCGAGUUCGAGUUCGAGCAGUAGCAGCAGCAGCAGUAGCAGUAGUAGCUCCAGUGGAAGUUCCCCUUCCAGCAGGAGGACGUCGGUGCAUACGACAGCAGGAGCAUCCGGUUCCGUGCCGGCUGGAACUUCCACAACUGCUGUAGCCAUGGUGUCACCAAACGCAACCGUCGCUGUUUCACGUGCGGUGACUGCCAGCCAGAAUGCAACCACCCGGCAGCCGAUCCACACACCCCUUAUCAGCAGUCAACCGAAGGGCUCAACCGGUACGCUCCUCCUGACCGAAGAGGAAAAACGUACCCUGCUGGCUGAGGGUUAUCCAAUCCCAACGCGACUUCCACUGACCAAAGCCGAGGAGAAGUCCCUCAAGAAGAUCCGGCGGAAGAUCAAAAAUAAGAUCUCCGCCCAGGAAAGCCGCCGAAAAAAGAAAGAAUACAUGGACCAGCUCGAGCGUCGGGUGGAGAUUCUCGUGUCGGAAAACCUGGACUACCGAAAGCGGGUGGAAUCGCUCGAGGAUUCCAAUCAGAAUCUGCUGAAUGAGCUGAGCAAACUGCGGGCGCUCGUUAGCCGGCAGCAGCAGCAGCAGCAGGCGCAGCAACCCGUGCGGAAGAUGUAAGCCGCCGAAUUUUCUUUCCAUCCCAAUGGAGAGAAAGCCCCGUAUCUCUGGAUUUCCUAAACUGUAACAACAAUGUACAAAGUAGUUAAUUUUGUUUUAGAGUGUGGUACCGCCCAGCGGUACCGAAUUAAUUCGUAUUCACGCGUAGAACGAUAGAUAGCAAGUGCUGCCGAGUCGAGUUCCGAGCUUUCUUCCCCGUAGGCGUCUUUUUGAGCUUCCUGACCGCCCCCGCCCAACCUUCUUGUUAGAUGCAAAUUUUUGUGCAAUAUUUUUAGCGUGUCUUCCACAUGUGUGUGUGUGUUGACAAUGUGUUAGAUAUUUAUUGUUUUAGGCAAAUUUUUCAAAUCCUCCCGCGGAUCCAGUUCGGAUUAACUCCAACUUCAGUCCCGCGAGUCUCGCUCGGCAGAGGCAACUCCGUAGCAGGUGCAGAACCACACCACACCAGACAAGAGAUAUUAAGAUUGAUUACAUUAACAAAAGUGCAUUCCGUUAGAACACAAGUUAGCCUAGCUAGGGUCGAAGGAUUGUUGCAAAAACUGCUCAAACCAAGUGGCAGUUUGUUACUAUAGUUGCUAGGAUCAAUGAUAGGAAUAAUAGUUUUACAAACCUAUAUAGGAAGUUAGAUGUUAAGCGCAUAGCCCCUGGCAGGUAGUUUUGGAACGAAGCUGAAUUGACUAUAGUUUUUACGGCAGAAAACGAACCGAAUCGAUCGAGUGUGCCUUGAACCGAGAACGCAACAACAACAACAACGCCUUGACUUUUUGAAUGCUGCUUUUUGCUUGGUUUCGCAAUCGAACGUCGCAGGGCGUCGUCGUCGCGGGCACGUCGCUGUCGACAUAAAAGUUUAUUUUACUGCACAAAAGAGAACCGCCGCGAGUAAACGCUUGCAGCCCUCUGGCGGCGUCUAGCCGACAACACCAAAACGGCAAACGGUCGUUUGUCGACUGCCGUUAGUGCGCUCGGUAGGAUGACAGAAUAAAGUCGACAAAAAAUCAGUUGCUUGCAAGCGCUUAAAAAAACACGUGAAAAGAAAAGCGUUCAGCACUAGUGCAUAAGUUAAUUUUGUUUAAAACAAUUAUUCUAGUAUAGUAACAUUUUUCGUUACGACUGCUCGCGAGCUUAAAAGUUAGUGUUUAUGUUGUUUUUUUUUUCUCUGUUUAACGAAUGAUUUGUGUACAUAGGAGAAGUGAAGAAAAAGUGGAUUAUCCGGGUAAACACGUUUUCCUGCGUGAUGCGGGCCGACCAUCGAUCGGCAACGGUUGUAAAUAGCAAAAGCAAACAACACAAAGGUACGAACUUAUUUCAAAUUAUUAUCUAACAAAACCUCAUUUCGGAGUUCUCAAUCAAAUUGAGCGGACGUAAUUGUUUUUCAUGUUGAAAUUUAUCCGCCUUCGCCGGUAGCAGAUUGUAAGCUUUUUUUUUUGUCUCUUUGUUGUUGAUGUAAAGAUUUAACAGGACAGGCAGGAAAUGCGAGUACGAGUACUUACGGGAACCAAUUGAUUGAAUGUAUAUUGUUGACCUGUUUAGCAAGUAGAGUAACCGAUAAGCUUUGAUAGAAACAGUUUAUUCUAGUAGGCUAGGCAAUGUUUUCGAGUCGACGCUGUCGAACGGAAAGAGAGAAGGCGAUGAGAGAAUAUAUUUUAUAUAAAAGUGUACAUUGUAAAUCGAACGAUAGAAAUAACCAAACAUUCAACAAGCUUGACUACUUAACGAUAACGAAGAGAUAGAUAGCGAAGGAAGUUUGCUAGGUUUACAAAGAUCUAAAUUUGAUAUAUGGAGUAUUGUCCCGGGGAAAUGCAAAACAGCCGGGAGGCAUUUUUAUACUUUUACUUUUAGAGAAUAUGUUGAUAAAGCUAGCUAGCUAAACCGGCAGUUGCUCACAAGUUGCUCUGCGAGACCUAAUCUACACUAUUAUUUAUGAACUAAACGGUUUCGGUUAAGCCGAAUGAAAACCGAUAGGACAUAGUUUGAGAGUGGGGCAAACUACGCUCCAAUUUAUCAUAUAAGUAUAAAGACAGAGAAAAAAUAAUCUAUUUCUGCCAUUUUAACAAUUAGUUUAACUUGAGGUUAGCGAAAGAAGAGAACUAUUAGAACCGAGAAAUAAUUGUACUAUUUAAGUUACUGCUAGACGAUAGAAAACCGUAGGUUAGUAAGCGCUAUUUCGAGGACUGAUAAAAUCAUACUUUUUGGUCUGAUGAUCAGCAAAGUAAACACACUUGACCAACAAUCUUCCGCAAUUGUCACCCAAUACACGGCUAAUUAUUGUGCAAUUUAUACCUUUUUUUUCUUAUUUAAAUUGUUAUCUAUAUUUUGUUCAUGUUUAUUAUUUGUCUAUAUUUUUAAACGAUACAAAAAUCCAUAAAAUAUGUUACCUACAUCAUUUUGAAUUUAGUCAUAAGCUGCUGAUAUCUUAACUAAUUUGAAUUAGGAGAAUUAAUACACACACACAAACAACAAAACACUUCUAACACCUGCAAGCUCUUCUGCAUAACGAUGCUUCUCCGACUGUGUAUGCGAGCCAAUAAUUGAUGUUCUGCAUUGCGCAUAUUGCAAGCAUUUAAGGAAUGACUGUAGUAUAUCUUGUAGCUUACCAGCGUAAAUUCUAUGCAUAUAACACUUAACGAGAGUUGUCAAAUCCAAAACAAUACAAGAUACACAACCACACCUUAAGCACACAGACAAACACACACCCAAACAUACUUACAACAAAACCAGACAAAACGAGCAAGUUAUAAAAGCCAACCAAGAGUCAAUGUAAACGGCAAACGGCAGUAAGCUCAGACUUUUUUCUGUAAAAGUUACUUAAAACGAAAACGAAAGGAAAAUAAAAUUGCAUCUUAUUA